AAAAAAAAAAGAAGAUUUCUCUAUCUCUUUCUCUUUCUCUUUCUCUUUCAAAAUCCAUAAAUGAAUAUUAAAUUAUCCGAUAAAAAAAGGUCUUGUUUGCCUUAUAACACUAAUGAUACACCACCAUUAUAUGAUCUACAAGAGGUCAUUCAGCAAUAUCAAUCACAACCUGAGCUUCUAAAAUUGAUCCUUACAAGCAAAGUGGAAGAAGAUAAACGUAGAGCCGAAGAAGCUAAACUUCGUGCUAAAGAACUUGAUCUUUAUUUACAACACAAUAACCAACCUCCAAGCCCAACCGGAUCUCCUCCCACUACACCACGUUUAGAGUCUGAGGAAGAAGAAGAAGAAGAGCCAAUUGUCCUUGAAGAACCCAAAAGAAAAAGAAGCUACAAGGUUUUACCUACAACAUCUAAAAAAGCUCGUUCAGUCCCUUACCCCUCACCUAACCCACCUGCCAAUUAUAACUCUUCAUUUUCAUCUGGCUCAUCCAUCUCAUCUUUAUCUUCAGAAGAAGAAGACAUGGAUCAGCACCAACAACGCCGCCACUCUGCCGCUGCUGCCAUGCUGGCCAUGGGAGGUAGCCUGGUUGAAGAAUCAAGUGCAUAUCCAUCACCUACAACUGAUCCUGUUGAAACAGACGAAAAAGAGGACUCAAAUAAACCUCGCAGACGAAGAGAAAUGCAGGCCAUUACAAAAAUUGUAGAAACAAGGGAGUUUCCCUAUGUUGAUAAUUACUUUUGGAAGAAUAAUGGCAAUACUGUUCAAAAGAAGACAGGUUGUAAGAGUAUUUACUAUAAAUGUUCAAACAGUAAUAAGGGAUGUUCUGUAAACAAGACAGUGACAGCAAGGCCUAAUGGUGAAUAUCUCAUCAAGUAUCGUGGCUGUCACUUACCGGAAUGUGGUAGAGUAGAACGCAUUCGUGACUUGUAGAUAGCGCAUUAAGCAACAACCCAUAUACCUGUUUAUAUCUUAUGGAUAUAAUCCCUCUUUAUAUUGCAUAUCAAGCUGACAAGUUUCUCUUUCUUAACCUACUACAUACUCCUAAUUUGUUAAUUGUUUUUUCGCACGCUUUUUUCAAUUCAUUUAUUACAAUGUCCUCUUCUUUGUCCCUCAUAAGGCGUCACUGUCCAUUGGUUGUCACUGUCAAUGUCUGUUUGUGUCUAUUCUUAUUCAACAUAAACUUCUCUCUCUCUCUCUUUUUUUUUCUGUAUGUGUUUGUUGAUUCGUUCAAGUAAAUAGGCUUGCGUAACAUAAUU